AUGACGAACUGCACGAGUACGAUAAUUUCAAAACUCACCGAAACCAUGGAUUUUAUCCUUGGAACCUGCAUGCCAAAGUUACACUUGGAACAUGAAGAGAGCUUCGAGACUUCACGUGGUCCUAAGGACGAUAAUUAUAGAAAGGAAGAACUUAAGCAACUGGUUGUUAUGUUUGCAUCCAGAGCCCAAAACUAUAUUGACUGUGUGAAACUAUCUUUAGAGGAUUGUAAGAGAUACCAGUCUUUUUACAAGCUAGACAACAUGCUUGAAGUGAGUUUGAAACCCAAUAGCAAUCUUCAGAAAUUCAUUAUAAAGACCAACGAAGUUGUUGAGGAAAUUCCUAUAUGCAAUAAAAGUAAAUUGAUAAGCGAACUGAGUUUAAAUGAGAAGAAUCGCCUAGUAUUACUUGAGUACCUUGACUCCAAUGGGAGAGACGGUAAAUUAACCAUAUUGGUUGAAGAAGUGGGAAACAGUGAUCCCUUUAUCACAGUUGUGAGAAUCCUUAAAAUAAAUCAUAAAAUCACGAGGCUAACCUUUUUAUUGGAAUCGUCGAGUAAAACCAGAAAGUUGGUGUUUGGCAUACAAUCAACGACGACUCCGGUUCUUAUAAUCUUUGAUCCAACUGAAGAAAUGUGUAAGAUUCGGACGCCUGAAAUUAUUGAAACAUAA